AUGAGCUCAACUAUGAUGAGACCCACAAAGACAGCAACUGGGAUUGUUCAGCAGACGGAAAAUACAACGACAUCCGGGACAGGCGCUAGACAGGAAUGCCGUAAGCUACCAAUUAGCGAUAAGCAAACCGUUUUGGAUAGGGCGUUAGAAGGUAUUUCACUGAACGAUACAGCAGUACAAUCUUCAUUAGGGGGUCUCAUUGGUCGAACUUCUGAGAGUGUUGUACACAAAUAUGUCACUAGCGAGCUAGAUCCACCCCAGCCAGUGUUAGAACCCGUCUUACCGAGUAUCAGGGGUAUGCAGUUAGCUACACAGGUAUACAGAACUUUCCCUCCCACACAAACCGGGAAUGAACCGAAACCCUUCAAUCAUGCCCCAACAAAUAUUCAAGUUGGUCUGUUUCGAAGUCUUCUCUCCAACAGUCCGGUUGUUGUUGGUACUGGAGAGAGUGCAAACAGUGCAACAGUAUUAAGAUUGAUACCCGAAAACGUAUCGCAGCCAAGACCAAUAGCCGACGAAUCGGAGCCGAUCCCAGCGUCAACCGGAGGAUAUCCGAUGCAGAGGUCCGGAUUCGAACCACAACCCUUUUUGAGGCAACCCAGUGGACAUCUACCGCAGAGGUCUGGUGGUCAAUCGAUGCCGGCACCAACAGCUCGUUUCUUAUCAGGUUUCGGAGCGACACCAAUGCCAAGAGUACCGACGUGGAAUCAGGGCGGACAACAGGGCCAGAGCGCAAAUCAGUUGGAUGAACCAACUCGGUUGCCUUAUCACGGUGGACCGAAUCCGCAGCAGCUUGCGGCCAGACAGGUGAUCUCCAAAGAGCUGCCUUUUUUCUCGGGAAAUCCAGAGGACUGGCCUCUGUUCAUCAGCUCUUAUGUCAACACGACGGAAGCGUGCGGAUAUUCUGAUGCAGAGAAUUUGGCCAGACUGCAGCGGUGUUUGAAGGGGAACGCAUUCGAAGCAGUACGAAGUCGUUUACUACUACCGGCACCUGUGUCACAUGUUAUUGCCACGCUUGAGACGCUGUACGGUAGACCAGAGCUGUUAAUUCACACGUUGCUGCAGAAGGUGCGCAACGUCCCAGGACCGAAGCAAGACCGGCUCGACACGUUUAUCGGAUACGGAUUGGCAGUUCAAAAUCUGUGCGAUCACCUGGAAGCCGGCGGUCAUGAGGCGCAUUUGAACAAUCCAAUGUUAUUGUUCGAGCUAGUGGACAAGCUACCUGUGAACACGAAGCUUGAUUGGUCAUUGUAUAAGGAAAGGUGCAGAGAGGUGAACAUUCGAUCAUUUUCCCAGUACAUGUCGACGUUGGUUAGAGCGGCAAAUGAUGUGACACUACACUACGAACCGAGACAACCGCAACAGCAAUUCCGGCCUAAGGACAAACAUUUUUGCGGUGCACACGUCGCAGAAGAACCAGCGAAAACGCCGGGGAAGGCAUGUCUGGUUUGCAAAGACCCAAAACAUCGGGUGAAAAACUGCGGUGUGUUUGCCAAGAAGACGUUGGACGAACGCUGGAAGACCAUUCAGGAGCUCAGACUUUGCCGUAUAUGUUUGGGAGCUCAUGGAAAGCGACCGUGCCGAAUCCGCACGAAGUGUGAGAUCGACGGAUGCCAGCUUCGACAUCAUUCACUGAUACACUCAAAGCAGACACCGAGUGCACUUGUGCCAAGACAAGAGAAGCUCGAACCCAAACCAUCAGGAUCUGACGCAGUUACUAAUCAUCACUACGCUGGCAAGGCCGCACUCUUUCGAAUUAUCCCUGUAGAGCUGCAUGGAACCAACCGUUCGGUGUCAACUUACGCGUUCUUGGAUGACGGGUCGUCACGGACGCUGGUCGACGAAGAUAUUGCGAUACAAUUGGGCGUCACAGGAGAUUCGCUCCCACUGUGUCUGCAGUGGACGGCUAACAUGAAACGAAUCGAGACCGAUUCUCAGCGGAUUGCGUUGAAGAUUCGUGGAGAAGCCGAAGUGACAAAGUUCACGCUGAACGAUGUGCGCACUGUGAGUAAGCUGGACCUACCACGGCAAUCCCUGCGAUACGCGGAGUUGGCUGAGUCGUUCCCAUAUUUGAAAGGUCUUCCGAUCAAAGAUUACGAGAACGCAUUGCCUCGUAUUCUUAUCGGUAACGACAAUGCUCACGUGACUGCCAUGCAUAAGAUACGAGUGGGCCAGCCUGGAGAACCGAUUGCGGCGAAGUCGCGGCUCGGGUGGACUGUAUACGGGAAACAAGAAAAAUCUGUGGAUCGCGCGCACAGUUUCCAUAUCUGUGAGUGUCAGGAUGAUCGGUCACUGCAUGAUCUCGUUAAACAGUUCUUCUCGGUGGAAAGUAUGGGUAUCGAGGCUGUAGGAUGUCCCGAAUCUCCGGAAGUACAACGUGCGAACAAUAUCCUUCAAAAAACUACGAAGCGUGUCGGUCAGCGGUUCGAAACGGGACUGCUGUGGCGGUAUGAUUGUUUCGAGUUCCCGGAUAGCUAUCCGAUGGCAGUUCGUCGAUUGCAGUGCUUGGAGCGACGAAUCUUGAAAGACCCAGUGAUUGGCGAGAGUGUCGUGAGGCAGCUUUCCGAAUACCAGGCGAAGGGGUACAUCCAUAAGGCGACCCCGGAGGAACUGGAGGAGGCGGACCCCAGACGAACUUGGUACCUUCCGUUAGGUGUCGUUCUAAAUCCGAAGAAGCCAUCGAAAAUCCGUAUAUUUUGUGAUGCCGCAGCCAAAGUAGAUGGCAUUUCGUUGAACACGAUGCUGUUGAAAGGACCGGAUCUUCUGAACUCUCUUCUGACAGUGCUCUUCGGAUUCAGGGAAAGACGGGUAGCCCUCUGCGCGGAUUUAAAAGAGAUGUUCCAUCAAGUUAAAAUUCGGCGUGAGGACCGCCACGCACAACGGAUGCUUUGGCGGGAUGACCCAAGCAUGGAACCCACUGUGUAUCUAAUAGAUGUUGCUACGUUUGGUGCCGCGUGUUCACCAUGCUCGUCACAACAUGUAAAAAACCGGAAUGCUGAAGAACAUGCUCAAGAGUUCCCAGCAGCUGCUGAUGCCAUAAUCCGGAAACAUUACGUUGACGAUUAUCUGGACAGUGCAGACAGCGAGGUGCUGGCACGGGUCGGGGAAGAUGACCCCGCUUCCGAGAAAUGCAUCCAGAUGGACAAGAAUUGCUCUAUGGAACGGGUACUUGGAAUGUACUGGAAACCAGAAGAAGACGUCUUCACGUUCUCAACGACACUAGCGAUUGAGACGAAUCGUCCUACGAAGCGACAGGCAUUGCAGGUCGUGAUGAGCCCGUUCGACCCGGCUGGACUACUAUGUUUCUUUCUCGUCCACGGUAAGAUACUAAUUCAGGAAGUAUGGAGAGCAAAAACCGAAUGGGACCAGCCGAUUCCGUUGGAAUUGAACGAGAAAUGGACCCGGUGGACCGCCUUGUUCCAAUAUUUGAACCAGAUACGCGUUCCUCGUUGCUACUUUCCCGAACAUUCGAUCAAGGAGGUCGUGUCGCUGCAGUUGCAUAUAUUCGUCGAUGCAAGCGAGGAAGCGUAUGCGUGCGUAGCGUAUCUUCGUGCAGAGUUCCCGGGCAGCGUUAUCAGAGUUGCGUUGGUUGGUGGCAAAGCAAAGGUGGCUCCUUUGAAGACGCUUUCUAUUCCGAGACUGAAACUGAAUGGAGCGGUAAUCGGAGUUCGACUGCGCAAAGCAAUCAUCAACGGACACACGCUUAAGAUAGACAAGACGGUCAUGUGGACCGACUCCAAGACUGUAUUGGCAUGGAUCAAUGCGGACCAUCGAAGAUAUCGGCAGUUUGUUUCAUGUAGGGUUGGCGAAACACUGUCGAAAUCGGACGCGGCGAAGUGGCGGUACGUACCGAGUAAGAUGAAUCCCGCAGAUUUGGCAACCAAAUGGGGUGUAAGAGGACCCUGCUUCUCGGCGAAUAGCCCAUGGUUCGGAGAGUUUUUCCUAGGUGUGCCGGAAACACAGUGGCCGUCGGAAAUAAAUGCUGCUGAGGAGACGACCGACGAGGAAUUACGACCCUGUCUGGUACACAGUGAAGUGAUUUUGAAGUCCGUCAUCAAUUGGGACCGUUUUUCUAACUGGACACGACUACAGCGAGCGGUUGCGUAUGUUCUUCGAUAUCGAAAGAUCUUGCAACAGAGAUCUAGAAACGAAGCGCCACCAGCAGGGCCUAUCACGCAGCAGGAGCUGGCACUUGCAGAGUCAACCAUUUACCGACUGAUCCAAAGUGAAAUGUAUCCCGACGAAAUUGCUAUACUGACGACGAAGGAAGAUCAUAAGAAGAUGAGGCGACAGAAACUUGAGAGAACUAGCAAAAUCAGGAAACUGUCACCAUACAUGGACGACACUGGAAUUAUCCGUUCAGAUUCCAGGAUCCCUGAGGCCUCAUUCGCGGCUUACGAUACCCGAUUUCCGAUAAUACUACCUAAGGAGCAUGUAGUCACCCGUAUGCUGCUGGAGUGGUAUCACAGGACAUUCCUGCAUGCUAAUGGGGAGACUGUCGUCAAUGAGGUGAGGCAGCGCUUCUAUGUGUCUACGCUGCGCACGAUAGUACGGCAGAUAGCGAGGGAGUGUGUGAUGUGCAAAGCAAACAAGGCAGUUCCGGUGAUCCCACGCAUGGCGCCGCUUCCGGUGGCCAGAGUAAAGGCCUUCGAACGUCCGUUUUCCUACGUAGGAAUUGACUACUUCGGACCAAUCGCUGUUCGAGUCAACCGCAGCACUGCGAAGAGAUGGAUCGCAUUGUUCACGUGUCUCACAACCCGUGCAAUUCACCUUGAGGUUGUACACACGCUGACGACCGAAUCCUGCAAGCAAGCAAUACGACGAUUUGUCGGACGGAGAGGGUCCCCGGCGGAAAUACGUAGCGACCAAGGAACGAACUUCGUUGGGGCAAACAACGAGCUGCGCAAGGAGAUGAUCGCCAUAGACGGACAGCUUGCAGAAUCCUUCACCAAUACGAACACUCGGUGGAUAUUCAACCCACCUGCCGCGCCGCACAUGGGAGGUGCUUGGGAACGGUUGGUGAGGUCGGUCAAAGUAUCUCUGGCGGCGAUGUAUACGUCCAGGAUUCCGAACGAGGAGACACUGGCUACUCUUGUGAUCGAAGCGGAAAGCGUCGUCAACUCCAGACCGUUAACUUUCAUUCCCCUCGAGGCGGAGCAGCAAGAGGCGCUGACACCGAACCAUUUUCUCUUGUCGAGUUCCCGUGGAGUGGUACAGCCGCCGAAGGAGCAAGCGGAGCCAAAGAUGGUUUGCAGAGGAGAUUGGAAGCUGUGCCAAGCUAUGUUGAACCAGUUCUGGCGCAGAUGGGUACGAGAGUAUCUCCCAACUAUUGCUCGCAGAACAAAGUGGUUCGAAGAGACGAAACCGAUUGAAGUUGGAGACUUGGUAGUCAUCGUUGAAGAGAAAAUUCGCAACGGUUGGGUUCUGGGUCGGGUCGUUCAAGUCAUGAAAGGAAGUGAUGGAAGAAUACGUGAUGCGGUGAUACAGACUGCCGACGGAAUCAAACGGCGACCGGUGGCCAAACUGGCGAGACUGGAUGUAGAUAGAGGUAAGACUGGAGCGGACUCACCUGACCAGCCUUACGGGUCGGGGAAUGUUACGGAGGAUCGCACCAGGCCCUCGAGUACCCCCCGGUUGCAGGAGAGCGCGGCGCGUCGAGUGCAGGACUGA